GUUGGCUGGUGGACUCGCCGUCGCCAUGUCCUCGUACUCGUCGCUCCUCUCCAUGCGUCCCGUCGAUCAGAUUGGCGGGUAUGUGGACGACGGCUACAACGACGCCGACGACGACUUGGUGCUUGCCGCUAGCUACCUAUCGUCCUUCGACUUCGACCUCGGCGAGGAGUAUGUUUCCCUGCCGCGGGCAGCAACCGCAGCCACCUUCCACGCAGAGCAGCCGGCGCCGGCGCCGCCCCUCGGUCACUCACCGCAAGCCGACGCCGACAGCUACAACAGCGGCAAAGCAGCAAGUUCGAGUUCAGAUGGACUCUCCUACCAAGAAAGUAUCAGCAAGAGCUUCACGAGCGACGGCGCGAGGAGCAAAGGCAGCAAGAUCGCGUUCAAGACGAGGUCGGAGGUGGAGGUGCUGGACGACGGCUACCGGUGGAGGAAGUAUGGCAAGAAGAUGGUCAAGAACAGCCCAAACCCAAGGAACUACUACCGCUGCUCCAGCGAGGAGUGCCGCGUGAAGAAGCGGGUGGAGCGGGAGCGGGACGACGCGCGCUUCGUCAUCACCACCUACGACGGCGUCCACAACCACCCGGCGCCGCUGCCGCCGCGGGGGUGCGCCGGAUACUCGCUGGCGCAGAUGCACGGUCUCGACACCGUGAAGAUGCACGCCGUCGGCGCAGGGGAUGGCGGCCUGCAGGGCUCCACGCCCGUGACGGCGCCGCGCACUGUGCAGCGUGACGACUGACAGUUAACAGGUGCUUUGAUAUGUACCAGAGUCAGACUAAUCAAUAUUUACUUGUAAUACGGCAGCUUUUAUUUGAUUCUGCUAAAUACUGUAUAUACGAUUAUACGGACGGAA